AUGUCGCUGAGUGCGACUGCUAUCGCCUUGCCAGCUGUUCAACGCAGUGAAAGCAGACCCAAUGAUCUGAAUCGACUGGAUGCCCCCAUCAUCGACAUUGCCAAGCGAACCGAGAGCAGACCCAACGAUCUCAAUCGACUGGAUGCUCCAAUCAUCGAUGUGGCUAGGAGAACCGAGGGCAGACCUAAUGAUUUAAAUCGGCUGGAUGCCCCAAUUAUUGAUGUAGCCAAGAGAACUGAGGGUAGGCCCAAUGAUCUUAACAGAUUGGAUGCACCGAUCUUAGAUGUCUACUGA